CCAUUAGUGAGUAGUGACGCGGCGCCUUCUGGUUCGAGUGAGCUGCCUUGACCGAGAGGAGGCAAGGAGCCACAGCAGCCAUGGCUCCCGCCGCUUCCACCUCGCCGCUCUCCCGCCUCCUGCUCAGCCUCCCGAAGCCCAACACCCGGCCGCCCCUCUGCGCCCAGGCGCCGAGCGCGGACUCCGGCGCGGGAGCCAGCACCAAGAACGUCGUCCUCCGCCGGCGCGAGGCCGCGGCAGCCGUCCUGUCCGCCGCUCUCCUCUCACGCGUCCUCCCCGCAGCGGCCGCCGCAGAUGAGUGCGCGCUCGAGGCGACACCGUCCGGCCUCGCCUUCUGCGACCGCGUCGUCGGCACCGGCGCCGAGGCCGUCAAAGGCCAGCUCAUCAAGGCGCACUACCGGGGGAUGCUGGAGGACGGCACGGUGUUCGACAGCAGCUACGGCCGCGGGAGGCCGCUGACCAUCAUGGUGGGCGUGGGGGAGGUGAUCAAGGGGUGGGACCUGUGCCUCGCCGGCGGCGAAGGGAUCCCGCCGAUGAGAGUCGGUGGGAAGCGGAGCCUGAGGCUGCCGCCGGAGCUGGCCUACGGGGAGAAGGGGGCCGGGUGCAGGGGGUGGGAGCCCACCUCCUGCGUCAUCCCGCCCAACUCCACGCUCCUCUUCGACGUCGAGUACGUCGGCAGGGCAUCCUCCUGAGUCAUGAUCGACCUAUGCAUCUAUGUAUCCAUGAUCAGGCCUUGCAUAUGCCAUCAGUUCGUCGUAGAGGAUUCAUCGAUCGAUCGACAUUAUAUGUGGAGCGAGCAAAGACCGUGAAUCCUGAGAUCAAUAUAAACAACUACUCCUACUAGUUUAUUUCUAUGAAUCACUAGUACGUGUAUGUAUAUACGAAACACUUUACCAGGUUUUCGCCACGUAGUGCACAAGCCGAUUGCGAGUGUGCGCAGUGGGUUUUCUGGUAAUACUGGAAGUUGCUUUUUCCCUUUCC